UGCUGGUCACGCUGUAUGCUGUCUCAUCGUAAACAAAAUUUAUAUUUGUGGAUAAAAUGGAUGAAAUUUGCGCGAAACCAAAACCCACAGAAGUACCUCGUGAGGAAGUCAAACAAACCGGCUUUGAGAAGCAGUUUUCGGUGCCUGUGAAUGGCAUACCCACGGAAAUAGUGUACCAUCGCUUCGGGCGCAAGCGUCUGCUGGUCAUCACGCAGCUUGGCAAGAUUGCCGGCACCUACAAUGUGAGCUUCGACAUAAGCAACAGUCCCUCAGUGCUCAAGCCCGUGCACAAUCCGGACUUCCACGUCUCGGUGCCAAUAACCAUAAACUGCUGUCUGGGAGCCAACACUGCUGAAGUCGACUGUGCCAUUCAGUUCCUGGUCAACAACACGAAACUUUGGGAAUCGCCAACGGAUUUUGUUAUCUGCCUCGGCCUGAAGGAAAUCGACAGCCCCAAUCUGCACGCCCUGGCCAAAGUGCUGAACGAGGUUGUGCUCUAGCAUUAUCCAUUUAUAUAUUAUUAUUAUGAUAACCCAAUAAACGUCACAGACCAAUCACUUUU